UCGGGGGUUAAGGGGGAUUGGGUUGGAGAAAAGUGGGUCCAUGAUAGAAUGGAUUGAAUGGGCCGAAUGGCAUAGUUCUGCUGCUAUGUCUUUUGGUCGUGUUUCCCUGCAUGUUACUGUCCCUCACACAUAUUCCACCCCCCCCAUGAAUCCUCCUUCUAGUCACCUAAUCUGAGGGGCAGUGUAGAGUGGCCAUUUCACCGGCAGGUCUUUGGAAAAUGGGAAGGAACCAGAGCACCCAGGGGAAACAUAAUUGGUCCCAGUGAGAGGGUGCAAACUCCACACGGACAGCUUCGGGGACUGAGAUUGAACCCAGGUAGCAUCAAUAUGCACUACCCCGCCACGAUCCUUGGCUUUUCAGAGGGUAGAGAGAGAGACAGAGAGAAAGAGGGUGGAGGGAGGGAGAUGCAGAGCUCAGAGAGGUGGCCCAUGCGGCCAUGACUGGGUGUUGUGACAUCCAGAAAUGAGCAAGAGCUCAGAGCUGGAGAGAGACCCAGAGCCUGGAGGAAGUGAGAUAGGCCGAGGUGGGGUGGGCCAAGGAAUUCCUUAGGAAUUGGUGCCUCGGGAACUUUGGAAACAGGGGCAGUGUUGUUUGGGGGAGUGGAUGGGGGGAAGAUUGGGACAACAAGAGUGGGCAUAACGAGAGGGAGGAGAGGGAGGGAGAGAGAGAAGAGAGUGAGUGAGGGAGAAUGAGGGUGUGAAUAUGACAGCGAAUGAGAAAAAGUGAAUAAGGGAGGUAGAGAUAGAGAUAUAGGUACAGAGAAUGAGAGAGAGAAUGUGUGAGAGUGAGAACGAAACAGAGAGAGAGUGUGUGAGGGUGAGAACGAAACAGAGAGAGAAUGAGAGUGAUGGCAGGGACAGGGCAAGGGUUUUACUAGUCAUACGCAGCAAGUCAGUGGCACAGUGCAAACUCAGGAUGGCCCCUUGCUCAGUCUUGUACCACCCUCCCCACUAUAGGGUCUCUCAAUGAAGUCCAAGAGCCCUGCAUCCUGUCUUAUCCCUGCAUUCCGAGCGAACUUCACGAGCUUUGGCCGGUGAGCCACGGCAACGAGAGGGAGGAGUACAGGGUUAAUGGCAGGAUUCUCAGUAGCAUGGAGCAACAGAGGGAUCUUGGGGUCCACGUUCAUGGAUCCCUCAAAGCUGCUACUCGAGUUGAUAGGGUGGUUCUGGAGGUGUACGCUGUCUCGGCUUCAUCCGUCUGGGGAUUGAGUUCAAGAGCCGCAAGGUAACGUUGCAGCUGUAUACAACUCAGGUCAGACCACACUUGGAGUAUUGUCGGCUCAGUAUAGGAAGCCCUGGAGAGGGUGCAGAGGAGAUUUUUCAGGAUGCUAAUCCUGUGUCUUAUGAGGAUAGGUUUAGUGGGCUAGGGCUUUUCUUCUAUGGAGCAAUGGAGGCUGAGAGGUGACUUGAUAAAGAUUAACAUGAUGAUAAAAGACAUAGAUUUUCCCCAGGGUGGAAAUGGCUAAUAAUUACUUACUGCCCAUUAUGCCACUGGAGUUUAGGGCAGCAGUGAUGGUCCCCCAUUUCUGCUGGUGUUCAAAGGUUCCUUCAUCGCGUCAGUAACUUCGUCUCGGUUUUCACGACUGUCAGUCAUGCAAGCCCUGGUUGGAGGCUCAGGAAUACCAUCACACUCAGAUGUAGAAGGAUUCUUCAUUGCUGUUUCCAUGACAGUUUUGUUUGGCCAGUCCGGAUUGUUAGCCCCAAACCUGGUGGACCAGUGGACCAGUUGGAGUCUGGCAUGGUCAUGUUUGGCAUGGGCGACCCUACCAAGAGCCGAAGCAUAAAGCCCUGACUCCAGCCAACAUAGCUCUUUGGGUCAUCGAGGCAUGCAAGCCUCCAAACCCUACGACAAGGUUGUGGUCCCUUUGGAGGCUUGUCGUAAUUUUGAGCAGGGGCAGGGAGCGAGCGGUGCAGAGGAGGAGGGCGGAGGGACAGGCUGUGAUGGAGGAGGCGAUGGAUCAGCACCGCUGGCUGGCACCCAGCAGCACCUCGGCCCCACUGCUGAGCCCGGGGCCGGGGCAGGAGACGCUGCUGCCCUACAUGGACGAGAUGACGCUGCCCAGCGGCGACAGUGAUGCCUUCUACAGCCCGGCCGAGAGCGAGGGCAGCAGUGGUGGCGGUGUGACGCCCUACUACACCAGCCCAGUCCACGGGCGCUCCGCGGGAGGCUACCGCCCCGCUGGCCGGCAGGUCUACAGCCCACACUUACUGAACAGCCUAGCGUGGAUGGAGAGCGGCCAGGCGAUCGGCCACCCCUACCCCGGGCCCUGGCAGGCAAUGAGCCCCUACGGCAAGGGCACGCUGCCCCUGUACCAGGGCUCCCCGAGCCUGCCCUCACCCCACCACAGCCAGCACCUCUACGGCUUCCCGGUCAACCAGCUGAAGGAGGUCCCUGCCAGCGAGCUCGGCCGGGACGGCAGGGAGAGCCCGAAGUCGAAGGUCGGCCUGAAGGUGGAGAGAACCAGCCCAAGCCUGAUGUCGCUGGGCCAUGAGGUGCAGCUGGGGUUGCCGAGCACCCAGUACAGCACCUCCUCCCCGGUCUACAACGGCGCCCUGUACCACUCGGCUGGAGGAUACCUCACUGAGGGAUGCCUAUCUCCGCAGAAACAGAAGAUACCCCUCUGUCUGACUGGUGAGUGACAGAACAGUCCUGGCUUUAGCAUGUGGCUUCAUUUGGUAUUGGUAUUGGUGGUGGGCGUCUGUAGGUUAUUCCUACACCAUUCAGUUAGCCGCUACUGAACGAGCAGGGUAAUCAAUGAAG